CCCUCCAUUCCUACACACUGGAGUCCGUGGAGGUUACUAUCCUUUUGUUUUCUUUCCUUUUUUGAGCACCCGCUGGGCGGAGUCGCAUUCACUUCCGUUCUCUCACAGACUUGUUGUUUGUUUGUUUGUUUCUUUUUACUUUUAACCCAAGGCCUGGUGCCUAAUUCAUAUCAAAAUGUCUUCACCACAAACGAGCCCGGCACCGGAUGCCGGUAUGAAUAUCAUGAACAGCGGAAAGCCAAAGUGUGGUGGCGGCCAAAAAGUCGGCGAGUAUGAUCUCGGUCUUCACGUUGCGGGGUUGUUUUUGGUCUUGCUGUUCUCUAUCCUCGGAGCCGGAUUUCCGGUCGUGGCCAAGAAGGUGUCUUGGGUGAAGGUGCCAACAAAGGUCUUCUUCAUGUGUAAACACUUUGGAACUGGCGUCUUGAUCGCAACCGCCUUUGUCCAUUUACUCCCAACGGCCUUUGGUAACCUGAUGGACCCAUGCCUUCCGGAUCUGUUCACCACCAAAUACCCGGCCAUGCCAGGCGUCAUCAUGAUGGGCUCCAUGUUCAUCCUGUUUGUUAUCGAGAUGUGGCUCAACAGCAAGACCGGAGGCCACUCCCACGGAGGUCCCACCGGAUUUGAUAACCACAGUCACGGCGGCAAUGCUCUCGCCGCUGCCCAGGCUUCCGUUCCUAACGAUCACGGUGCCGCUCGGCCCCAGCACCGCAGGACCAACACAGAAGAUACCCUCUUCGAGUCUUCCAACGAGGAUACCGACUACGAGAAGAUGAUGGCCCAGGAACUGUACGCUGAAAAAGUCCGCCGCAAGGCAUAUACCGAAAACCCUCCUAGGAACCCCUUUGCUAAUGAUUACGAUGACGAUGGUCAUUAUGAACAACUCAGUCCUAGGUCCGAAAUGCCUCCUUGGUUCAUUGUAUUUUACGAAAAAUACAUUCUUCAGCGUCUGGAGCUGGUAAACAUGAUCAAGGCCACUGCCAACCGGCAACAAGCUUUCCUCACCCAGGCGGAUACCACCUCUAGCUCCAACGAGGACCGCAAGUCCCUGAUUCCCGCCUCGAUCAUGGACUCCCCCUACCGCGACGUCGAAACCGGCGAGCCGGUCCACCCCUUGGUCUACAAGAAGAUGUCCCUCAACAUUACCCUUCUCGAGGGCGGUAUCCUGUUCCACUCCGUCUUCGUCGGCAUGACGGUUAGCAUCACCAUCGAAGGUUUCACCAUUCUGUUGAUCGCUAUCUUGUUCCACCAGAUGUUUGAGGGUCUUGGUCUUGGUUCCCGCAUCGCUGCUGUCCCUUAUCGCCAGGGAAGCCCCCGCCCCUGGCUCCUCGUGGUGGCUUUCGGUACUACUGCCCCCAUCGGCCAGGCGAUUGGACUGUUGGCGAGGAGCUCGUAUGAUCCGAACAGCGCGUUUGGGUUGAUCAUCGUGGGAGUGUUUAAUGCUAUCUCCUCUGGUCUUCUCCUUUACGCUGCUUUGGUCGAUCUACUGGCUGAGGACUUCUUGUCCGAGGAGGCACAGAAGAUCAUGACUAAGAAGGACAAGAUCACUGCCUUUAUCUUUGUUCUUCUCGGCGCUGCCGGCAUGUCCAUCGUUGGAGCGUUUGCUUGAAGGGACAGAAUGUACGAUACGAUACCAGAUGUAUGCCGUUUCGGUCGCAUAAUAACAAAUAUACGUUGCGCGCGGGACUCGGUCGCAUUGUCCUUGUUUCCGGGUGGUGGUGGUAUGGGAAGUUCGCUUAGAUAUAUCAACCUAAUCUC